UUUAUCAUAACCACCCGUUAUGGAUGCCCUCCUCCUCAGUCCGUCAUCCAUGGCCAAGCGACCUUGCCCCUCCCAAAACCCUAGGCCCCCAACCCACCUCCACCUCCUCGACCGCGACCACCUCCUCGAGACCUUCCUUGACUUCUCCGACUCCCCGCCCUUCGCCAUCGAUCUCUCCUUCGAGCGCAUCCUCGACUCCCGCGACUCCGACGCCGAUCAGACCAAGCUCAUCGACCGCGCCUUGCAGCUCGGAUCGGUGCUCCUCGAGGCCGGCAAGCGAUCGGCGCGGCGCCGAGCCUCCAAGCACAACUCCGCCGCCUGGGCUCUCCCUCCUGACCUCACCAUCAAGGUUUUUUCUAUGCUCGAUACACAAAGCUUGUGCUAUGCUGCGGCUACGUGUUCUAUGUUUAAUAAAUGUGCCAUGGAUCCUUCUUGCUAUGCGAAUAUUGACUUGACGACAGUUGUUCCGAAAGUUAACAAUGCGGUCGUUUCCACAAUGAUUCACCGUGCAGGGAAAUAUCUCCAGUCCCUUAAGCUUGGUGUAGUAGUUCCGGGCCCGACAACGUUUCUUGGAUCUUGUCAGCCCUUAGUUUAUACUAUCCGGAACUCUGUAGAUGUUUCCAACUUUUCAUGGAAUGAUAAAAGAUCCAGACAAGGGAAGGAGUCAUCGAUUCUGUCCAGAUCCUGUUUAAGUCCUCUAGGUGGGGAGAUCGGUGCUCCAGGGGCUCUCCUAAGAAGAUUGCACCUUUACAAUAUUGAAAGAAUGGAUAAUGCAUCACUUUGUGGUGCAUUGGCGGCUUGUCCAUCUCUCAUUGAUUUGGAAAUUGUUGGCCUUCAAGUGGAAUUGAGGCAGACAUUGGUGUCGGUGAGCGCAAACUGUCACUUGAUUGAGCGUUUGUUCUUUGAAUCCUCUAAAUCAGGUAGAGAUGACAGUUUGAAAUCACCAGCCUGUCUUGAGCUUGUAAAUAAUUGCCCACAUGUAACUUCAUUAUCCCUCAGAGGUUUUAAGCUGCAUGAUUAUAAAGUUCGUAUACUUAUUAAGGGAUUUAGGAAACUAAAGUAUGUUGACUUUUCAACAUCUUACUCUAUCACUGGUUCCUUUCUGAGGAACAUUGGAAGCAACACAAGUGGAAAUCUGUUGGAAGUUGUGAUUUUACGGGAUUGCAUGCAUCUAAGAGUGGUGGAAGUUGAUCGGUUGCUGAAUGGAGUUCUCUCUGGGGAUUUCAAGCUCCUUAGACAUCUUGACAUAUCUAACAGGGAAGGUUUGGCAUCUGAGGGUGACUGGUACUAUGAAAGAUGCUACAGCAUUAGUGCCAGUCCAUUGAAGCAGGUUCUGGAACGGCGGCCUCAUCUGUGCAUACUGGCUGAGUUUCCAUCAGAAGGAAGUUAUGCCGACAGUGAUCAGAUGUUGGACAGUGAGCCAUAUAGUGAUAUCAGUUUGCCAUCUCAGAUGAGCUCUCAUACGUCUGAUGGCUCCAUGUUUGUGGGUUUUUCCGAGAGUAGCUACAAUAGCGAUCACGGUAGUGGCAACGAGGAUGCUCUGGACGCUAGUUAUGUACUUUAUGAGGAAAGCUCAGAUGAGGUAGAGAAUUACUGACUGCAGAGGAGAAUACUAAAUUCCAAGGAUUGAAUCUCUUGCCAUUAAAUGGAUCAUGUACCUCUCAUCUCUCUCUCUCUCUCUCUCUCUCUCUCUCUCUCUCUCUCUCUCUCUCUCUCUCUCUCUCUCUCUCUCAUGUAUAAGUUUCAUGCCGAUCCUCCCUGAAACAAUAGAAUGCCAUUAUGGGGAGGGAACGGCUAUACGAGAUGCAGCUCACUGCAGAGGACAAUAUUGACCCGUGAACCCGUGAACAGUGGCUGCUUGCCAUCUCAUGCCUGAUGUAGCUGAAUCGUCAAGAAUCCCAGUUUUGUAUAUGAAACACGCUGCAGUACACCUUUCUAUCUAUUUUCUUUGCCCUUUUCAAUCCCCUAUGUUCUUUUAAUUAUGGGAAUGCCCUGCUCCCUUCAGAAUCCUGUACACUAUAGAAGAUUAUUUAACCACUGAUUUUAUUAAUUACCAUGUACCAGUAA